AACCAGCUUUAACCAGAAUUUUGUACAGGCAAAAUGAAUAAUGACGAGUCAAUUGACCCCAAAAUGAUAAAUACAAUGCAAUACAAUAGAAUACGCAUAAAAAACGUCAAUGCUGGUCCGAUCAAUUAUAGUUUUCUAGUCACAAAUGGAUGCAAGGUGAUGACGAAGGUAGGCUACAUUACAAUUACAAUGCACGUACAAAUCUACAUGGCAUAUUAGGUAGUACAAGUACACAACUACUGCACAUUAUCCUUCACUUGUCGUCCAGUCGCUGCAUUUAUUGUACUGGAUUUUUUUAUAAUUGAAGGGCGACUGGAACCACAAGCAAGUGGUGUAUGCGGGUCUGAUCCAUUAAUCAACCCAACCACUUUACCCGUAAGCCGUAAUAAAAUAACAAACAACUGACAGCGAGAGAGACGAAACAGCCAAACAAACAAUUAUUGAUUUGUUUGCAUAAUUCCUUAAUUCUGUGACGAUAUUAAGACGCACCAUUUUUGAGGUGUGGUGCUACUGGAGUAAAUAGAACAUUAAAGUACAUAUCACUCGGAGACCUCUAAUACAGCGAAAUGGAGCCCUUGACUUUUGCUGAAGUUCAAGAAGAGUUGAAAAAGCCGGAAGUCACAUUGGUGGACGUGCGACCUGACGAGGAAAUCAAGACGGAUGGAAAAAUCGAACAAUCAAAGAAUAUUCCGAUUGGCGACCUCCCGGCCGCAUUGGAAUUAAGCGAUGCUGAAUUUGAAGAAAAGUAUGGAUUUCCUAAACCAGGGAAGGAUUCACGGGUUAUCACACACUGCAAAGCAGGGAUGCGAGGUCAAAGAGCGGCGACCGCUUUCAAAGAGGCGGGCUUCAGUAAUGUUGGUGUCUACUCGGGCAUCGCGGACUGGAAAAAUAACGGGGGACCAGUUGUCUAAUUCUUGUUUAAAGUAUUUUGGUAACAGAAUCUACAAAAUAACUUUAGCGUAUUAAAAAAAGUUCUAGUGUUUUCUGGUUGGAAUAAAAAUAAAUGAAAUAUAAAUCUUACAUGAUGCCCACGAAAUAUUUUUAUGAGUAAUGUACAUAUUUAGUCAUCCAUUCAUAUUCAUGCAUAUUAUGGGCUUGGACUAUGAAAGUUUACCCUUUUUCAGGUCCCUUAUUGUAUUCCACUGUGCACAUGACCCUCUAAAAAUAGCAGACAAAGUCAUUGAUCUCCUAUUUAUUUAAGGGUGACAAACCCUUGAAAAAUGUUUCCCAUUCUUCACGCGAUUAUCAUUAAGCUCACACUGAAAAGAAAAGUGACACCACCAAAAUGAGUGAGACGACUUCUGCCAAGUUAUACUUUCUCGUAUUUGUGGUCGGAUUUACCACUGCAUUUACUGUUUCCAGAGACGCCUCUAGCGAAGGAAAUGAGAAUGGUUCUGGUUCUUCCUCCGUCGAGGCAUCCUUAACAGCAUCAGGACCUCAAGGGAGUGCCAAUUCCAGUAUCAAUUUGAGCGGAGGUUCAUGGAACAGUGCAAAUGGUUACAUUAGUGAAGGUGGGGACUAUAUUUCUGGGAGUGGAAACGUCCAAGGAGGGGCCAACGUUUAUGCCAAUGCUACUGGUCAGUCCAUCACGGCCAGCGCGGAUGCACAAUCAAAUAGUUCCGGCAAUUCGACAUUGGAUCAGGAAUUAAAUAAAAAGAAAGAUGGAGAUAGUACUUCAUCUUCCGGAAGUACGAAUGGUGGAUCAUCCGCCUCUGCCGUGUUAACCGGAUCUGCAAGUUCGGAUGAUGGUGUCGCUACUUUUUCUUUGAGUGCAGGCGUCAAUACUGGACAAAGUGUAUAUGUUUACGGUCCACCACCAUCUUCUAAUGCGGGGGAUUAUGCAAAUGCUAAUGCUAAUUUGUCGGGAACUGGGGACCAUGUGAGUGCCACGGUAGAACUGCACGACGAGGUCAAUUUAACGUGACAGGGGCGAUUGGUAUCUCAGAGAGGAAGUAGGAUUAUAUACAUAAUAGAUAAAUUGAAAUUGCAAAAAUAAAUGGUUUGCAUAAUAAAAUUUUAAA